AUGAACUUCGUCAAAUCCAAUUCUCUGUACAAGCUUCGGGCCGCCGGAAACCUCCUCGCCGCCCAAUCCUCGAUCGCCUCUCGCAGCAUCUCCACCGCACCUCCGCCGCUGCUCAACCAGCCGUCCGCUCGAAGCUCGCCAUCUCAGCUGCCUUCCCCGUACUUCACCACAGUCCGGCACAUACGCAACUCGCGUGACCCCAGCUCAAGGUACGACACCCCGCCGCCAAUAAACUGGGGGAUCCGAAUCGUGCCCGAGAAGAAGGCAUUCGUUGUUGAGCGCUUUGGGAAGUAUGUGAAGACAUUGACACCUGGAAUCCACUUAUUGAUUCCUUUGGUCGAUAGGAUUGCUUAUGUUCACUCACUAAAAGAAGAAGCCAUUCCAAUCCCCGACCAGUCUGCUAUUACCAAGGACAAUGUCAGCAUUUUAAUCGACGGGGUCCUCUAUGUCAAGAUAGUGGACCCGAAGUUGGCUUCAUAUGGAGUUGAGAAUCCGUUGUAUGCCGUGAUUCAGCUUGCGCAAACUACUAUGAGAAGUGAGCUGGGUAAGAUCACUCUUGAUAAGACUUUUGAGGAAAGGGACACGCUCAAUGAGAAGAUUGUGAUUGCCAUCAAUGAAGCAGCAAAAGACUGGGGUUUACGAUGCCUACGUUAUGAAAUAAGGGAUAUAUCUCCUCCAAGAGGAGUGAGGGCUGCAAUGGAGAUGCAAGCAGAAGCAGAGCGCAAAAAGAGGGCUCAAGUUUUGGAAUCUGAAGGAGAAAGGCAGGCAAAUAUUAAUAUUGCAGACGGAAAGAAAAACGCUGUGAUUCUUGCAUCAGAAGCCUCAAGGGAAGACCAGGUUAACCGAGCUCUAGGAGAAGCAGAAGCCAUCCUUGCUAGAGCACAAGCUACUGCCAAAGGAAUAAUUAUGGUGUCAAAAGCACUCGAAGAAAGUGGAGGCGUGGAGGCAGCAAGUUUAAGAAUUGCCGAGCAAUAUAUUCAGGCCUUCGGCUCGAUUGCAAAGGAGAGUACGACGGUGUUACUUCCCUCCAAUGCCUCCAACCCAGCAAAUAUGAUGGCUCAAGCACUCUCUAUAUACAAGAACAUGAUUGGCAAAAGCCCAAACAAAGACCCUCCCAAUAUCUCCCAACCGGACCAUGUGAGAAGUGAGGAUUCAUCUUGGGAAUCUAUCUACAAAACCUCCUCGGCCGGUGAACCAACUGAUCAGGAUAAUGAGGGUGAACCCAUUUUCUCUCUGCAAAGCCCCGAGAAGGAUAAGAAAUAA